AUGGUCUUAGCCAUCUGCCUGGUCCCCUUCACCUAGAUCGGAAUCACAGUGAUGCUGGAUGCUUCUGCUGCUCCUACCAUUAAGAAAUCCCACCUGCAGUGCCCCUCUUCAAUGAGACAAAUCCGCGUACAAGAAACCAAAAUGAGGAAGGAUGACAGCAGGGCCCUGAAACAUGAGCAACUGCUGCACAUAGAGGAGAACGAUUUCUCCGUGAGGCCUGGAUUUGGGGGGUCCCCAGUUCCAGUGGAUGUCGAUAUUCAGGUUGAAAGUAUUGACAGCAUUUCAGAGGUUGAUAUGGACUUUACAAUGACUAUUUAUCUCAGGCAUUACUGGAAAGAUGAGAGACUCUCCUUUCCUAGCACUACGAACAAAAGCAUGACCAUAGAUCACAGAUUGAUCCAGAAGAUUUGGGUGCUGGAUAUCUUUUUCGUCCACUUUAAAAGAGCCUUCAUCUAUGACACAACUGUGCAGAACAUCAUGCUUUGAGUACACCCUGAUGGAAAUGUCCUCUUCAGUCUCAGGUGUGAGAUUUCAGCCAUGUGCUUUAUGGAUUUCAGCAGGUUUCCUCUUGACACUCAAAAGUGUUCUCUUCAGCUGGAAAGCAAUGCCUACAAUGAAGUGGAUCUAAUGCUGUACUGGAAACACAGGAACAAGUCCUUAAAUACUGAAGAGCAUAUUUCCCUUUUGCAGUUCUUCAUUGAGGAGUUCAGUACAUCCAAUGGAUUAGCUUUCUGUAGCAGCACAGGCAUGUACCACUAUGCCUAACUGGCUUUUGUGCCUAAGAGGCAUAUUUUCUUCUUUGUGAUGUAAACCUAUUUCCCAGCCAUGUUGAUGGUGAUGAUUUCAUGAGUUUCAUUCUGGAUUGACCGAAGGGCUGUUCCUGCAAGAGUAUCCCUGGGAAUCACCAUGGUACUCACCAUGUCCAUGAUCAUCACUGAUGUGAGUGUCGCCAUGCCCCGAGUGUCCUACAUCAAGGCAGUGGACAUCUACAUGUAGGUCAGCUCCCUCUUUGUGCUUCUGUCAGUCAUUGAGCAUGCAGCAGUGAAUUACCUCACUACAGUGGAAGAGUGGAUGUGGUUAAAGAGGAGAGGGAAGAUUUCUGUAAUGUACAACAUUGCUGCAAUUCAAGCUAUGGCCUUCAAUGGCUUUUACCAUGACAGUGAGACUGACAUGGACCAGACUUCCUUUUCUCUGCACUCAGAAGAGGAUUCCAUGAGAGGAAGGUCCAUAGGUAGUCCAAGGACAGAUUCAUCUUGGAUGAAAAGAAGAAAAUCUCUGGGAGGAAGCUUUGGUAGAGUCAUCCUGGAAAACAACCAUGCCAUUGACACCUAUUCUAGAAUUGUAUUUCCCAUCAUUUACAUAAUAUUUAAUUUGUUUUACUGGAGUAUAUAUGUGUGA